UUAUAAUUAUUGCUAGCAUUUGUUUUAUAUUGAUGGAUUCUUAAUUCUAAUGCAGUCAGGAGUUGCUGAUUUUCUUGCUAAAAGGUUGGAAGUAUUAUAGAUAAUGCAGUGCAAGAAAACAUACUUUAUAAGCAAGUUCCAUGUACGGUAAUCUGAUGGCUGAUCCUGAUUCAGAGUCGUCUAUAUUGGGUUUUAGGCACAUAAGCAGCUCACUUUUUAAUAUUCCUGGUUUCAUUGUUGGAUUUAGCACCAAGGGUCCUACGGAUUAUGAUUCCGUGCGAAGCCCUACAUCACCUCUCGAUUUGAGAGUGUUUGCAAAUCUUAGCAACCCUUUUGGGGUUAGGACUCCUAGAUCACCAUCUCAAAGGAGUUGUCAAAAGAAGUGGGAUUGCAAUAAGAUAGGUUUGGGCAUUGUGAAUUUGCUUGCUGAUGACAUUAAACCGGAUGGUGGAGACCUUGAUUCUUCGAAGAGAAAGAACAUAAUAUUUGGACCACAGGCGAAGACUAAAUUUCCUAGUUCCUCGAGGUAUUCCUGCGAAUUCCUCGGUAAUUCUAUGAAAUCCAAUUCUUUGCCUAGGAAUUACAUAAUCUCCCAGCUUUUCCAAGCUGGAAAAUCCAAUGCCAAGUCAACAAUUUCUAGUCUUGGCUUUGGAAAUGAGGAGGCACAGGUAAAACCCAAACCAGACCCCGGGCUUUCCUCCUUUUCUAUUUCCUCAACAAAAAACCUGAAUUUGAGUUCCAGAAGUUAUUGUUCAGAGAAUGGAACCAUCAGCACUAGUAGUUCACCUCUGCCAAUUGUCAGAUCUUUGCAAGUAGACAAUUCUUUGGUAAGUAAACCAAGUUCACUUCCUAUACUCUUAAGCAAUAGCCUGGUAUCUCUUCCUGCGCAUGAGAUAGAGCUUUCUGAGGAUUAUACUUGUAUAAUUUCUCAUGGUCCAAACCCUAAAACGACUCAUGCUUUCGGUGACUGUAUUUUGGAAUGUCACAACAACGAGUUAACCAUUUUUGACAGAAAAAUUGAGCCCUGUACCAAAGUGGCUACACCAGGUAAUGGCGAAAAGACUUUAGCACUUUACCCCUCCGAUGAGUAUUUGAGCUUCUGUUACACUUGCAAUAAAAAACUAGGGAAAGACGAAGACAUUUACAUGUACAGAGGUGAAAAGGCUUUUUGCAGCCUCGAUUGCCGCUCUCAGGAGAUUUUUGCCGGGGAGGAAAUGGAGAAAUCUUGUAAUAAUUCCUCCAACGGUUCUCUGGAGGAGAGCAACGAUGAAGACCUGUAAUGGACUAUUAUUUUGAUUGCUUUUUGUAGGCAUCGAUGCCAAGAGUGAUAACAUUAACCCGGAUGAUCAUCUGUUCGUAAAGAAAGAGCUGUUUAUGUGAAUAUACUUGCAGCCAUGGAUGAUCAAAGCAUAAAUCACGAAUCAGCAUCGAGUUUAAUUUAUAGUUCGGAGAUACAAAACAAUAUUAAUAGACGCUUGUUGCAUUAUAAUUUUGGAUUAGAUGAGCCCCAUCUCAUCGGUUUUCUUCUGCCUUUUAUGUCUUUUUUUACUCUUGCUCCUCUGUGGGAUGCUGUCUAAACCUCUUGAACUUGAAGGACUCAAUGUUGAACUCUGAAUGUAUGUGACAUUCUCAAGAUUAA